CUCUGGAAGUGAAUCGGAUUUCUGCAAUCCACGCUUUUCUGAGGAUGGCCGAAAAGAAACUGUGAAAAGGAAAGAACUAAAGCGUACUUCUUCACAGCAGUACACUUGUACAGCAAGAGCGUUAAAAUAGAUCAUACUGUCCCGUGUAUAUAAUAUAAUGUUUAUAGGGUUAAAAUGAAGAAAAGUAAAGAACACGAUUUUAUUUUAACUGAUACAGGAACAAGUUAUUACAAUUCUAAAGCGGAACAUGUUUAAUCAUUUUCACAUCUCUUAUACUAAUUAACCAACUUAAAAUUGAUAUUGCACAGUAUUGUCGGAAUUUUCGAAGCCGAGUAAGAGGCCCGGUACUGUAUACAUAUGUGGAUAUUUUUAUAAGGGACACCGACUCGGAGUUUAUAUAUGAGAGAGUUAAGUUGAUAAUGAUUUUCUUUAAAGAUGCAACAAUACUUGUAAAAAUUAGACCAAUGUGACGAUAUUUAGAGUAUUGUAUCACUGUAACCAUUGUAUAGACUAGACUAUCGAAUGUUGUUAUAGAAGAGUCUCCUGUCAUAAACGAAAGAAAACCAGAUGAGACUGGAAUUAAAGAAUUUUGUUUACCUUGGAUGCAUCAACGAUAUUUGAUAUCUAUUAAAUAACGAAUGUGUAUUUAUACAGAACACAUACAACCCUGCUUACGUAAGUUAAUGGGAUAAUCGCUGUGAAAUAUUUCUGUGAUUGCUUAGCCUUUACUAGUAACGUUAAGAAGUGUACAAGAUUAUUUUAUUUUUUCUUCGAACUUUUGAUGACAAAACUAUUUGCAACAGUUUCAGACCAAAGUCCAUAGAACUAUGGCAGAAGAAAGGCUUUGUAUGGAAUGAACUCAAAAGGAAAAACAUUUAGUGCGGGUAUAGCUGUGUAGUUAAAAAGCUUGCUCUGCAACUAUGUAAUUUCAGGUUCAGUCCCACUGCACAGCACCUUGGGCAAGUCACUUCUACUAUAGCUCUGGGUCCACAGUAUCUUGUGAUUAAACUUGGCAGAUGAAAGCUGAGUAGAAGUCUGAAAUAUUGAUAUCUAUAUAUGUGUGUCUUUAUGUCUAUAUUUAUUUCCCAGGGCUUGAUAACUGUUGUUGGCCUGUUUCUUAAAUGUAAAUUUCCAUUGUGGCAAAAGAAAUUGAUAGAAUGAGUACUGGGGUCAGUCUGUUUCAUAAAAACUGUGCAAAGCAGUGUCCCAGCAUGGCCACACUCCAGUGACUGAAACAACUUAACAAUAAAAGUGAAAGAGACUGCGGUUAGAGAAGGAAAGUUAUAGGAAAUUGUGUGAGAACAACAUUAAUGUAAAACACCAUUUAAAAUGACGGAUUUUACUGGUGAGAUGUCUGAAGAUAUAGAAAAUGCAUCAGACCAGUGAUAUCUGUGGAAAGUCCUUUUCCCAAAAAGGUCAGCUCAGAGUUCACAAACGUAUUCAUGCAGGAGAGAAACUAUACCACUGUAUUAUAUGUGGUAAAUCGUUCUCUGAAAGAUGUAAAUUAACCAGACACAAACGAAUUCAUACAGGAGAGAAACCAUAUCAGUGUGACAUCUGUGGUAAAUCAUUCUAUUGCAAAAAUAGCCUAACUACUCACAAAUACAUUCAUACAGGAGAGAAACCAUUUCCCUGUGACAUUUGUGGUACAUCAUUCUCUCAAAGAGGACACUUAACUACUCACAAACGCAUCCAUACUGGAGAGAAACCAUAUGAUUGUGAUGUUUGUGGUAAGUCAUUCUCUCAAAAUGGUGAUUUAACUAAACACAAACGUAUUCAUGCAGUUGAGAAGCCAUAUAACUGUACUAUCUGUAGUAAGUCAUUCUCUCAAAAUGAUCAGCUAACAGCACACAAGCGCAUUCAUACAGGUGAGAGGCCAUGUAACUGUGAUGUUUGUGGUAAAUCAUUCUCUCAGACUCAUCACCUAACCAAACACAAGCGCAUUCAUACAGGGGAGAGGCCAUAUAUUUGUGAUAUCUGUGGUAAAUCAUUCUCUCAAAAUGAUCACCUAACCAAGCACAAACGCAUUCAUACAGGAGAGAAACCAUAUAACUGUGAUGUCUGUGGUAAAUCUUUCUCUCAAAGCCCUCAUCUAACCAAACACAAACGCAUUCAUACAGGAGAGAAGCCAUAUAACUGUGAUGUCUGUGGUAAAUCAUUCACUCAAAAUCAUGAUUUAACUAAACACAAGCGCAUUCAUACAGGAGAGAAGCCAUAUAAUUGUGAUAUCUGCAACAAAUCAUUCUCUCAUACAGCCAGCUUAACCACACAUAGACGCAUUCAUACAGGAGAGAAGCCAUAUCAUUGUGAUAUCUGUGGUAAAUCCUUCUCUGUACGAAUUAACCUAACCAGACACAAAUACAUUCACACUGGAGGGAAAUCAUAUCACAAAGCAUCUACAAGUCCUAAAGUUUGCCGGUGUUAUUGUAAAACACCAUCUAUAAUGAGUGAUUCUACUGGUGAGAUGUCCAAAGAUACAGAAAAUACAUCAUACCACUGUGAUAUCUGUGGAAAGUCCUUCUCUCAGAAAAGUAACCUCACAGUUCACAAACGUAUUCAUACAGGAGAGAAGCCAUAUCACUGUAUUAUAUGUGGUAAAUCGUUCUCGCAAAAAAGCAGCUUGGCUGCACACAAGUGCAGUCACACAGGAGAGAAACCAUAUCAUUGUGAUAUUUGUGGUAAAUCAUUCUCUGCAGGAACUGACCUAACCAGACACAAAUUCAUUCAUACUGGAGGGAAAUCAUAUCCCUGCAAUAUUUGCAGCAAAUCAUACUCUCAGAAUGCUAGCUUAAUUGCUCACAAACGUGUUCAUACAGGGGAGAAGCCAUAUGACUGUGAGAUCUGUGGUAAAUCAUUCACUCAAAACAGUACAUUAACUACACACAGGCGCAUUCAUACAGGAGAGAAACCAUAUCACUGUAUUAUAUGUGGUAAAUCAUUCUCUGAAAGAGGUAGCUUAGCUACACACAAACGCAUUCAUACAGGAGAGAAACCGUAUCACUGUGAUAUCUGUGGUAAAUCAUACUCUCAGAAUGGUCACUUAAUUGCACACAAACGUGUUCAUACAGGAGAGAAACCAUAUGACUGUGAUAUCUGUGGUAGAUCAUUUGCUCAAAAGUUUCAAUUAACUACACACACACACAUUCAUACAAGAGAAAAGCCAUAUCACUGUGAUAUCUGUGGUAAAUCAUUCUCUCAAAGAAGCACCCUAACCACACACAAACACAUUCAUACAGGAGAGAAGCCACAUCAUUGUGAUGUCUGUGGUAAAUCAUUCUCUCAAGUAGUUCAGUUAACUAGACAUAAACUUUCUCAUACAGGUGAGAAGUGAUGCCAGUGUAAUAUCUCUGCUCAAUCAUUUUCUCAGAAAGUUUGUCUCAUCACACAUCGACACAUUCCUACGGGAGAAGCCAUAUGACUGUGAUAUCCGUGGUAUAUAUACACAUGUAUAUAUACAUACUGAAGAGUAUCUGUAUCAAUAUCUAUCUGUAGCCUCUUCUUUAUCAUAUAAUAGUACCAACUAAUUCAUUCAUGUCACAUAUGAGAACUUAUUUGCCAAAAUGGUACCCUAUCAACUCUAUCCAUUACUCAUUUAUAAAGGAAUAUCUCAGUAUUGAGACUGUCUUCUCAUUGCUGUGAUGUAAUCCAUGUCUGAUUAAUUACUCAGCAUCUACAAGUUCUAUAGUCCAAGCUUUAAAGUAGUGCUUGCAUAAAUAUGAUAGUACAUUUACUAGUAAGCUUACUGGCCAUGUUGUGCUGGGUAAACAUUUCUGGAAUUGAUUUGCUUCUGGUUGAUGUGAAAAUGGCAAAUGAAGAGACACCCAGGAACAUUUAUAACCCAUAGAUCUAUGCAUGUGUUUUGUCAAAUGUGAAGCUUGGAGUAUCAACAGAGUGAAAUGUUACCUUUCAGUAAUGGAAUUAAAUCCUGCAACAUGUAUUGUGUAAUUAUUAUAGUUCAUACGUUUGACACAGUCCAAUGCAUUGUUGCCUGACUGGCUCCUCUGCCAGUGGCAUGUAAAAAACACCAUUCGAUCAUGGUCAUUGCUAGUGCUGCCUGACUGGCUCCUGUGCCAGUGGCACACAUAAAGAACCAUUUGAGCAUGGUUGAUGCCAGUACCAGUUGACUGGCCCUCGUGUCAGUGACAUGUAAAAAGCAUCCACUACACUCUUGGGGUGGUUGGCAUUAGGAAGGGCAUCCACCUGUAGAAACUUUGACAGAUCAGAUUGGAUCCUGGUGCAGCCUACUGGCUCACCAGCUCUCAGUCAAACCGUUCAACCCAUGCCAGCAUGGAAAGCAGACGUUAAACGACGAUGAUAAGUAAACAUAUGAUGGGGGAUAUAAUAGCAAUAACCAUGCGAUGAGAGGAAAUGGAUUUUAUUUUUGACAUUGAUAUAUGUAUUUUAACUGAACUGUUUAGAAAUAUCCCAAUUGUCUACAUGUAUAUAUAUACCUCCAGGAGUAUGUAGAAAAUAUGUUGUAGCCUGAAACACAAUCAAUCUCAAGUAACUGAAUGGACAGAAACAAAAACGAUAAUAAGACAUUUUGUUUGGUAAAUAGGAUUGUUGAAACUUGAGAAUAAAAAGAGUUUUGUUGUCAUCAGUGUGUUUUGCAAUGAUAUUCUGAUGAAGAGACAAAAACGUGACUGUUAUUCUCACAUCAUUUCUCCAUAACCCAAAAUUGUACCAAAAUGAUUCAAGUUUUUCCUGAUAUUUCAAAAGCAAAUAUAAGAAAAUGUGAAAAGGAAACCCAUGAAGGAUUAUGUGUAAAACCUGAGGAAUCGGAAGCUGAAGAAAUGAUAAGUGAGGGAAUUGAACGAGAACCAGCUCAGCAUAACAGACAGCAGAUGAGAAAAUGUGGUUUUGAAAGAAUUUUAUGAGUCCCCUAGAAAAUUUGAAAUUCAAAUUUAAACCAGCACUUUGUACAUGUUAUUGAGAUGUUCAAAAUGUUUAAUUCUUACAUGUAUUCACCUGAUGAAAACGUGUUUUUUUUUCAUGAUGUAACUCUUCUGUUCAUCAAUAAAAAAAUAUCUGAAACAGCUGUAGUGAACCACGA